UAGUCCUGGACACUCUCGUUUCUGCUGUGAGCAUCAAGUCCUUUCUGAGUUGUGCCAAGCUCCUAGUCUCAGAGAUGUGUCGCUGCAAUGACUCCCCUCUGCCAGCCAUCUUCUUCAAACAGGAUGAAUGAUCCCUUUCCUCACUUGCAGCUCUCAUUUCAGCUUCAUAGCAGCACCCCAGCACCAGGUCUUGUGAGAAAGUCAGAUUAGGACCUGCUCUAGGGUUGGGCAGAUUCUGAAACAGAGAAUAAUGAGGUCAGGUAUGGAGACUGUGAUUUUCUGCCUGUUGCAUUAGAGCUGCUUUGCUCUAGCAGAGUCCACGAGCAUUUGUCAUGCUUCCUGUCCUUUCAGGGUUAUUUCAUGCAUAAAUUUGCCAAGGAAAAUGCCACUGCCUGUAUUCAAAAUUUCUUCUUCUCUUUGUCUCCUGAAUAAUUCCACCCUCCUCCCACCCCAAGUUGUUUCACAUCCACUGCUUUUGAGUGCCAUCCUCUCGUAGGUCCUCCGUAUUCCCAACACUCACCAGCAUAAGCAGACAAGCCAAAGGAGAAGUUAUUAUGGGAAUGUAUGGGUAUGAACACACAUGCAGCCCCCUGCAGCUUACUUCUGUAAGAAAACUGUUGAUCCCUGAUUCUUGCUCGGUGGUAUUUGCAGCCAAGGUCCGGAGGCAUGAGCAGGCGGUGUGUUAGAGCUCAGGAUCUGCUGAAAGCCUGCUUCAGGCCCACCACCUGCUACGCAGUGAGUUCGCUGCCCUCGGCAGCCUGGCAGUUUGCUGUGUGGGGAGGUAUUUCAGGGAGCUUUUAGAGAUCUGAAAGCACUGAUUAUUAAUCCUGCACUCCAUAUGAGGUCCAUUGAUUUGUGCACACAGUCGUGGAGCUUGACGGGAAUUGCAUGUACCAAACAAACUGGCUCUCCUCUCUGAGAACCUGAAAGAGUUUCUAAACAACUUUCUCCUCCUGUAUGCAGCAUACCCAGAAAUACUGGUGUGUGUGCUUCGUAAGUUCCACCCCACGGCAACAGAUCAAUGCAAUCUAAAAUCAUCAGAAACGUAAAAACAGUAAAAGGAGGCCUGAAGAAAAGAACCAGGUGUUUUGAAGUAGAGGAUGAAAGAACCAACUGAGCAGCCUUCUCUGAAAGUUGGAGGAAAAGUGGACUCAGCUGAGAACAAAUUAAAACAAGCUGACAUGGAAUUAAAGCAACUUCAAGCUCCAUCUGAGGUUUUCCUACAUUUUCUUCAUGUAAUAACUAAUUAUUCUUUUCAGCCAACCUGUGGAGCUAUUACUGUUCUUGAUACAUGAAGGGGUUGAGGGUAUGCAGCGCCAAACCAGCCCCUUUCCAGUGUGCCUGUUGAAAAUGCUCCCCAGUGCUGCCUCUGCCUCAAGGAACCCAUCACACCUUAGAGACUCCCUUUGGCUUUGCACUUAGAGAUGUUGUUCAUAACGCCAGCUGCAUCUUCAUCAGCUUCCUAGAGAACCGAGCAGUUGAAGCUGAAUAAUCACUUGCUAUGUCAGCUAGAGCUGUGGUCCCAGCUGCCCUGAGUGAUCAGUCUGGCUAACCCGCCAUGCCUCGCUCCCUGCUUCGGUCGUACAGGCCACAGAUGAGGGGUUUUCUUGAGGAGUUUGACCACUACUCUUCCUUGGUCAAGCUCAUGUCAAUCUACCAAGCAACUAACAGGACUGCCUUCAAUUGGACAGACAGCCGCAUUGUGGAGUGGGAGAAAUUUGCUGAGCUGGCUAAAUAUGAGCCAGAGUCCCAGAAGCCAACAGUGAAGGCUCUCCUCAUCGUGGCGUACUCGGUGAUAAUCAUCAUGUCUCUCUUUGGGAACAUGCUGGUGUGCCACGUGGUGCUGAAGAACAAGAGGAUGCACUCAGCCACCAGCCUUUUCAUCGUCAACCUUGCGGUCUCUGACAUUAUGAUCACGCUGCUCAACACACCUUUUACCUUGGUUCGGUUUGUGAACAGCACGUGGAUCUUUGGGAAGGCCAUGUGCCACAUCAGCCGCUUCGUGCAGUACUGCUCGCUCCACGUUUCCACGCUGACUCUAACAGCCAUCGCCCUGGACAGGCACCAGGUCAUUCUGAACCCACUAAAGCAAAGGAUGUCACUAACAAAAGGAGCGCUGAGCAUUUCUGUUAUCUGGCUGAUGGCAACCUGUUUCUCCCUGCCACAUGCCAUCUAUCAAAAGCUUUUCCAGUAUAACUACAGGGAAGCCACUGUCCGGAGCUUGUGCGUCCCCGAUUUUCCUGAGCCUGCAGAACUGGUCUGGAAGUAUCUGGACCUGUCUACCUUUCUCCUCCUCUACCUCCUGCCCCUGCUCAUCAUCACUGUCACCUACACACGCCUGGCUAAGAAGCUGUGGCUCCGCAAUGCCAUUGGAGACAUCACCACGCAGCAGUAUAUCACCCACCACAAGAACAAGAAGAAGAGCAUCAAGAUGCUGGUGCUGGUGGUGGUGGUCUUCGCCGUCUGCUGGUUCCCUCUCAACUGCUACGUGGUGCUCAUCUCCAGCCUAGGCAUCAAGACGAAGAACUCCCUCUAUUUUGCCCUGCACUGGUUUGCCAUGAGCAGCACCUGCUACAAUCCUUUCAUCUACUGCUGGCUGAACGAGAGCUUCCGCUCGGAGCUCAAGUCCUUGCUCUGCAUGUGCCAGAAGGUGCCUCCGCCUCGGGACAAUGUGCUGCUGCCGCCUGUUAUCACGUCCUGCCGGGAGGCAUGGAUGGAGCAGGCCAGGUGCAGGAAGGGACCUUCCUCCCAGACCAUUUGCUCCACUGUCAACGUCCAGACAGCCAACACCGAUCUGUGAGCCGAAGGGCAGAGAUAACCAUCUAGAAUACUGCUGAAGCCUCCCAUGGAAGCAGCUCGAGAAAGGAUGCUGACAGCUCCUGUGGUCUCCUGAAAAGAGAUUUUCUUCCUUCUCCUGCUGCUGUGACUGUGCGUGGUGUUUUCAGGUUAUCUGCUAACUCGAGGCACGUGGCGGGGUGGAGCUGCUGUCACAGCAAACAUCCACUGCUCCUCAGCCUGCCUGAAAUACAUCUUCAUUGUUACUUCAGGACUUGUGUUUGAUUAACCAGCUCUGGUUGCUGCCCGUUGCAGAGAACGUGUAGUAAAACGGGAGCGAGGCAGCCCUGUGCCCCCGCCUGCCUGCUGGCCUCUGCCACCAAACCCUCUCACGAGCCGAGCAGCUCCACUGGGAUGGGCACGUUUCCUCCUGAUGUUCCCCGGUUUUGCUUUUGGAAAUGGGGGUGGAUAGGGAUUUUGAAAUAAACGAGUGCUUAU